GCUAGAGGUGCUGUAGUCAGUACGACAGGACGGUGAAAAUUUUUCGGAUCGUGGUUGUUUUUGUGCCUAGAAAAGUGUCGGAAAAGUGCAUAAAUUUCGCCUGGUAUUGCAACAAAAUUGCAUCUCGUUGCUUCGACAAAAGUGUGGAAAUGUAAAUUAAAUGUGAACCCAAGCGAGAGAAAUUGCUGCUCAAAACUAAAUACGCUUUUUAAAAGCGUUUUAGGUACACCCUUCUAACACCAUCACCGAAGAGUUUUUGAGAGUAAUUUUUAUUUAGUUAUUUUUAAGUUUUCUUUUUUCCUUCUUCUUUUGCUCUUUUUUUUUGUUCCUUCUCUAUUAUGAAUGUGUAAGUGAAGUUUGUGGGGAGGAAAAAAAAUAAAAGAAGAAAAUUGUGCUUAAAAGUGAAACGUGAAAAGUAGUGAGUGAAUAAGUGAGACAGCAAGAGGAUAUAAACCAUCAUCUUUAGGCUUUCAUUCUUUGAUUUUUUUUCCGUCAUCUUUGUCCAUCAAAAAUAAAAGCUACGACGGAAUAUUCUACAGAGUGAACACCGACUUUUCCACCCACAGUCAAGAUGGGAGACGUCGAUCCUGAGACGCUCCUAGAAUGGCUGUCCAUGGGACAGGGAGAUGAGCGUGAUAUGCAAUUAAUAGCCCUUGAACAGCUCUGUAUGCUGCUCUUGAUGUCAGACAAUGUUGACAGAUGCUUCGAGAGUUGUCCGCCAAGGACCUUUCUCCCUGCACUCUGCAAAAUUUUCCUCGAUGAAUUGGCACCUGAGAAUGUGCUAGAAGUGACGGCACGUGCCAUCACUUACUACCUGGAUGUGUCUGCUGAAUGCACACGUCGUAUUGUAGCCAUUGAGGGAGCCAUCAAGGCAAUCUGCAAUCGUCUGGUUGUGGCUGAUCUUACCAGUCGUACGAGCCGUGAUUUGGCUGAGCAGUGCAUCAAAGUGCUCGAAUUGAUUUGCACACGAGAAGCUGGAGCUGUCUUUGAGGGUGGUGGCCUCAAUUGUGUCCUCUCGUUCAUCCGAGACUGUGGUUCUCAGGUGCACAAGGAUACACUACACUCUGCUAUGGCAGUGGUGUCACGUCUCUGCACCAAAGUUGAACCACUCAGUCCGACCAUUCAGACGUGUGUUGAGAGUUUGAGUACGUUGCUGCAGCAUGAAGAUCCCCUCGUGGCUGAUGGGGCUCUCAAAUGUUUUGCCUCUGUGGCUGAUCGAUUUACACGAAAGGGUGUCGAUCCAGCUCCAUUGGCAGAGUAUGGGCUUGUGUCAGAGCUUCUCAAUCGACUGAGCAAUGCUGCAGGACCCGUGGCAUCUACAUCAACUUCGGGACAAACUCUCCAGGAGGGAGGACAUGCUGCUGCCGUACCAAAGUCACAGACAGCAGAUACAACACGUUCGAGUCAAUCAAUUUCCACCACGAUCUCACUACUCUCCACCCUCUGCAGAGGAUCACCAACAAUCACUCAUGAUUUGCUGAGGUCGAAGUUGCCAGAGGCAAUUGAGCGUGCCCUGAAAGGUGAUGAACGAUGUGUACUGGAUUGUAUGCGUCUGGCAGAUUUGCUGCUGUUACUUCUGUUUGAGGGACGUCAAGCACUAAAUCGCGUUGGAUGUGCCCAAGGGCAGUUGGUGCCAAGAGUUCGACGGGCAGAUUCUAGUGCUGAGAGGACUCACAGACAGCUGAUAGACUGCAUUCGUAGCAAAGAUACCGAGGCUCUGCUCGAAGCCAUUGAAUCAUGUGGAAUUGAUGUGAAUUGCAUGGAUGAUGUAGGUCAGACACUACUGAAUUGGGCUUCGGCUUUUGGGACGCUCGAAAUGGUGGAAUAUCUGUGUGAAAAGGGGGCUGAUGUUAAUAAGGGGCAGCGAAGCUCAUCAUUGCACUAUGCAGCGUGUUUUGGGCGUCCGGGAAUAGCAAAAGUUUUGCUGAAGUAUGGAGCUAAUCCGGAUUUGAGGGAUGAAGAUGGGAAGACGCCACUGGAUAAGGCACGAGAGAGGCUAGAUGAGGGACAUAGGGAGGUGACGUCAAUUCUUCAGUCUCCUGGAGAUUGGAUGUCAGCCAUUAGGCCGGACACCAAAGCCGAUGGGGAAGAAUCAAAUGAACCCAGGGGAGAUCCCGAAAUGGCACCAAUCUAUCUGAAAUUCUUUUUGCCAGUCUUCUGUAAAACCUUCCAGAGCACAAUGUUGGCCAGUGUGAGGAAAUCGAGUUUGGGACUCAUUAAGAAGAUGGUUCAAUAUACCCAACCGGAAUUACUCUCAACACUCUGUUCUACCCAAAAUGAUCAAAAUCUGGGAACGUUGCUGGUGGAAGUGGUUGCUAGUGUUUUGGACAAUGAGGAUGACGAAGAUGGGCAUUUGGUGGUUUUGACAAUAAUUGAGGAAUUAAUGUCAAAGACUCAUGAUGAAUUUCUCGAUCAUUUUGCCCGUUUGGGAGUGUUCUCGAAAGUGCAGGCACUAAUGGGACCAUCGGGCAUUGAGAGUGGUGAGACUGAUGUGAUAAAAUCCCAGGAGGAGGGAGCUGCUGCAUCUACGAGUCGUCAGACAAAAGUGGGAAAUGUUGUGGAGCAGUUGACGGGGGAUAAUGUGUUGGAGGAUGCCAAAGAGAUAUUGCCAGGGAAGGCCUACCACUGGCGAGAUUGGAGUAUCUGUCGUGGACGCGAUUGUCUCUAUGUUUGGUCAGAUUCGGCUGCAUUGGAGCUGUCAAAUGGUUCAAAUGGUUGGUUUCGGUUCAUCUUGGAUGGAAAAUUGGCCACAAUGUAUUCCAGUGGAAGUCCAGAAAAUGGCAGUGAUAGUUCAGGCAAAGGGCAUAGCGUGGAUUCUAUUUCUAGUGAAGAAAAUCGUGGUGAAUUUUUGGAGAAAUUGCAGAGAGCUCGCGCUGCUGUUCGUCAAGGAUCGAUAUCGCAGCCAAUUUUGUCCACAUCUGCCUCAACACGCCUCAUUGUUGGCAAUUGGGUGUUGCAGAAUCAAAAGGAGAAUCAACUGCAUAUCCACAAUUCGGAAGGUCAUCAAGUGACAAUUCUGCAGGAUGACUUACCUGGAUUUGUGUUUGAGAGCAAUCGUGGCACAAAGCACACAUUCACAGCUGAGACGACUCUCGGUCCAGACUUUGCGUCUGGCUGGUCGAGUAGUCGCAAGAAGAAGAUGCGCUCGAAGGCUGAGGCACAAAAGUGUCAAGUGAAGAAUUUAGCACGUGACAUUUACAAUCGUCACUUCAAAGCAGCUCAAGCUGUUCCACGUGGUGCUGUAGCCACGUUGGCGGUGAUUGUGCGUGAAAUUGAGACAGCUCUGGAAGAGCAAUAUUCACAGCAACUGGCCAGGCAGACGACAAUGGUGGAUGGUGGUGGUGGAGGUGGUGUAAGUGGUGUUGUGGUCGAAAGUGGUAGUGAUAAGAUUAGUUGGCAGGAGAGACUCAGAUCGGCACUCUGCAAUCUAGCCACACUUCUCCACGUGGAUGGAGUGGUGAGUGCCUAUGAGAUGCAUAGUUCGGGUUUGGUGCAGGCUCUGGUGGCGCUACUGUCGAAGAAUUACUGGGAAUCUGGAUUGACUAGGAAUAAGAUGAACAAAUUGCAGAAACAACGAAUUGCCAUUUUCAAUCAGUGCAUUCAGGGUGGAUCGAAUGUUGAGGCAGGUGCAGGAGGGAAGAGUACAGCUAGUAUCUUGGUGGCAAAAUUGGUGUCUGUGCUGGAGAGUAUUGAGAAAUUGCCAGUUUAUCUGUAUGAGAGUCCAGGAACGGGGUAUGGUUUGCAGAUUUUAACGAAACGACUGAGAUUCCGCCUUGAAAGGGCUAGCUGUGAGACGACACUGUUUGAUCGAACUGGGAGGCACUUGAAGAUGGAACCACUGGCUACGGUGGGUCAAUUGGCUAAGUAUCUGCUGAAGAUGGUGGCUAAGCAGUGGUACGAUAUGGAUAGAUCAACAUAUUUCUACUUGAAAAAAUUGCGAGAGAAUGGAAAGCAGAUUGUCUUUAAGCAUCAGUAUGAUUUCGAUGAGAAUGGAUUGAUAUAUUUCAUUGGUACGAAUGGAAAGACAACAGAAUGGGUUAAUCCAGCUCAAUAUGGAUUAGUGACAGUCACGAGUUCGGAGGGAAAGCAGUUGCCGUAUGGAAAGUUGGAGGAUAUCUUGUCACGUGACAGCAUUUCAAUCAAUUGCCACACAAAGGACAACAAGAAAGCAUGGUUUGCCAUUGAUCUGGGACUAUUUCUCAUCCCAACGGCCUACACGUUGCGUCAUGCGAGAGGAUAUGGGCGUUCAGCACUGAGAAAUUGGAUGUUUCAGAUGUCAAAGGAUGGAGUCACGUGGCAAACACUGUAUACCCAUACAGAUGAUAAGAGUCUCGUGGAGCCGGGAAGUACAUGUACAUGGGCCAUUGAAUGCUCCCCGGAGGAGACAAUAGGCUUCCGUCAUGUGCGUAUUCAGCAGAAUGGACGCAAUGCAUCUGGACAGACGCACUACCUCAGUCUGUCGGGCUUCGAAAUUUACGGACGGGUCGUGUCAGUUUGUGAAGAUCUGGGAAAGACAGCAGCUAAGGAGAUGGAGGCGAAAAUUCGUCGUGAGAGACGUCAGAUUCGGGCUCAAUUGAAGCAUAUUACAUCGGGUGCGAGAGUUGUACGUGGUGUUGAUUGGCGCUGGGACGAUCAGGAUGGACAUCCGCCGUGCGAAGGUACCGUCUCAGGGGAGAUUCACAAUGGAUGGAUCGAUGUGAAGUGGGAUCAUGGUGUAAGGAAUAGCUAUAGGAUGGGUGCUGAGGGGAAAUAUGAUCUCAAAUUGGCCAAUUGUGAUAGUUUGAUGAUGGAACCAGGAAAUUCCCUAAUACCGCUAUCAACGAAGAAAACCGGUGAUAAAACGAGUGUUCUAACUAGCCGAAAGUCCAGUUCGACACCGAGUCUGCCCGAAGCUACAACGGAAAGUCGGAGUUCUGUAGCAUCAACUGAACAAGCAUCGUCUGCUGACAAUCUGACAUGGAAGCAGGCCGUUGAGGCAAUUGCUGAGAAUGUUUUGUCAUCGGCCAAAAGUGACAUUGUCAAUCCUGGUGAAAUUCAUCCAAAUCAGACAGAAGUUUCUGUUGUAGUUCACACCCUACGUGACAAUCAUCCGGACCUAUCAACCAUCAACAAUUCAACACAAACUAUUGCAUCAGAUCUAGCAACCAUAACGGAAAAUCUAACUCUAAACACACCCGAACCAGCUUCCAGUAGUGCUGGAAAUCCAUGCUUUGUGCGUCAACAGAGUUAUCCUGAAGACAGUAAAAUCCUCAAUGAGGCCAACAACAAAAUCAACGCGAGUAAUUCAACCAACAGCAUUGCAUCAAAGAGCCUCCUCAGUACAUUGCGUUCUCAAGCUGGAGUUGCCAAGAUGACAACAACAGUUAGUCAGGGUGUUGAUACGUUCCGCAACAAUGCCAGCAAUAUUCUGUCAUCGGACAUUCUGUCCAUAUCGACAGCUAAUAUGUUGACACCAGCUGUCAGGAUGACACUGCAAAAGUCAACAAUUGCCAAUACCACAACAACACCAAGUGGCGAAAAGAUGCAACCAAGCAGUGAAGAACAGAAUUUCAAGAUGCGCAAACCUCUUCAUCGGGUGGAGAAGUUGUUGCAGAUACAGCAACAACCUGAAGAUAUCUAUCUACCACUGCCGCCAUCUGUUGCCAAGGAACGGGAUACAACGAAUAAUUUGAAGAACAAUACGACGCAACCCAUGAUGACUCAACAGAGUAUUCCUCCAACAACAACCGAAACACUCACUCAGGCUGCUGCUCCGUCGUCAACGAGCACAGCAGGUGCUGAUGCUGUUGUAGUGGCUAAUCCUAUGAGUGUCUCAGUGCCCAAUCUCACGACGUCAACCAGUGAAGUGGUGAAUCCCAUUGAACCGGCUACACCACAUGGACUACUCGAAACAUUUGCCGCCAUGGCCAGAAGGAGGACAUCUCAGGGUAGCGGUGGUGGUGGUGGUGGCGGUGGUAGUGCUUUUCAGGCCAACAAUCAAAUGAUGAAUACGGCAAAUGCCACAAAUAAUCAGAGUACAUCGGGAUUCUUUCCACGUGCCCCAAAUUCCGUCACGAGCCUGGUCAAACUGGCACUCUCCAGUAAUUUUCACACUGGUCUCCUCAGCACUGCCCAGAGCUAUCCAAGUCUCACAAGUUCAGCCAAUAUUCCCACAACAACAAAUUCCGCAACAACAGCUGGCAUUACAACAGCCGCUAAUACAGCUCAGGCUGCAACAAGUCCAUCUCCAGCUCUCAAUCCGGCCUUUACAAUGAGCCUCACUUCCACUAGCAGUGACAGCGAACAGGUGUCCCUAGAGGAUUUCCUCGAGAGCUGUCGGGCACCAACGCUACUGGGUGAUCUGGAAGAUGAUGAAGAUAUGGAGGAGGAUAAUGAUGAUGAGGAGAAUGAGGAUGAAUAUGAGGAAGUGGGAAGUACACUGCUUCAAGUAAUGGUAUCACGCAAUUUGCUGUCUUUCAUGGAUGAUGAAACACUGGAAAAUCGUCUGGUGGCAGCUGGCAAGAGAAAAUCCUGGGAUGAUGAGUAUGUGCUCAAGAGGCAAUUUUCUGCCCUAAUUCCAGCCUUUGAUCCACGACCUGGACGCACGAAUGUCAAUCAGACGACAGAUCUCGAAAUUCCACCACCUGGUUCAGAGAGUCAGACCCAGUUGGUUGAUGUAACGCUCAUACCACAACCGUCGCUCCACUUGGUACUGAAAGGACCCAAUUUGGCUGGGGUACCCGAUGUGGAAAUUCCACUCACCAAUCCAGACUGGACUAUCUUCAGAGCUGUUCAGGAGCUCAUGCAGAUGACCAAUAUGAACAAAACGGAGAAGCUGAGGAAGAUCUGGGAGCCUACUUACACCAUCAUCUACCGUGAAGCAACCAGCAAGGAGGACAACAAUGGAAGUAGUGGUGAAGGCAGAACCACUCCAGUGGUGUCUGUCUUCAGUUCAGGUCGAAGUGGAGGAUCAACUCUAUCACCAAGUUCUCCGCUUCCAAGUAAGAAAUCUCCUCCAGAGGGACUUUUGUUGUUCCCAGUUAACCGAAUUUCCCUUUCAGUGACACCUUCGACACUUCAUUGUUCUGUGGAUGAUGUCCUUCAGCUUCUGUCACAGCUCAAUGCCAUCAAUGGUCAAUUGAUGACCAUUGAGAAUGAUAGUUCAGGCACACUGAGUGGGGAUUUGUUUAUGAGCAAGAAAAUCACGAAUAAGCUGUUGCAGCAGAUUCAGGAUCCUCUGGUGCUCAGCAGCAAUAGUUUGCCAUCGUGGUGUGAAGAUCUCAAUCAAUCAUGUCCUUUUCUGUUUCCCUUUGAAACGCGUCAGUUGUACUUUAGCUCAACGGCCUUUGGGGCAUCCAGGAGUAUCGUUUGGUUGCAGUCACAAAGGGAUGUGACAUUGGAUAGAAGGAUUCCAGGUUCAAGUCCACGACGCGAUGAGCAGCAUGAAUUCCGAGUGGGACGCCUCAAGCAUGAUCGUGUGAAGGUGCCAAGGAGUGAGAAUCUCAUCGAAUGGGCAAUUCAGGUGAUGAGGACACAUUGUACCAGAAAGUCUGUGCUGGAGGUGGAAUUUAUGGGGGAGGAAGGAACGGGUUUGGGACCCACUUUGGAAUUUUAUGCUCUUGUGGCGGCAGAACUGCAGCGAAGUGAUCUAGGGAUGUGGCUGUGUGAUGAUGAGGUGGAUCAGAAGCGAGAUGAUGAGAUGGAGAUUGAUUUGGGUGAGGGUGCAAAGCCCAUUGGGUACUAUGUGAGACGUCCAGCUGGACUAUUUCCAGCUCCUCUGCCGCAGGAUUCGGAGAUGUGUGAGCGGGUGUCCAAGUAUUUCUGGUUCCUGGGUGUCUUUCUGGCCAAGGUGCUACAGGAUGGACGUAUUGUGGAUUUACCACUGUCAACGCCAUUCCUGCAGUUACUCUGCCAUACCAAGAGUACCAAAUGUCGCAACAUCUCCACGACGGGCAUCAAGUCCAAUGAUGACAUUAUGAUGUCCAGUAUAAUGUCGGAGGAGAGUGAUCGGGAGACAAUUGAUACAUACUCUCGCAUGUUGGGUGCUAGAUUCCCAUCAUCAUCGUGGUACGAUGGAGUUCUGGGAUGUGAUCAAUUGGCCGAAAUUGAUCCAAUUCGGGCAGAAUUCCUUCGUGAACUCCAAGAUCUUGUCAUUCAGAAGCAGAACAUUGAACAAAAUCCCACAUUAACGCCCGAAACCAAAGUCCAAAUGAUUGAAGAAUUGAAGCUCACCACAAAAUCCGGAGAAGUGAAUCUCGAGGAUUUGGCACUGUCUUUCACGUACUUGCCUAGUUCGAAAGUUUAUGGGUUUACCAGUGCUGAACUCAUACCAAAUGGAAGUCAAGUGGAUGUUACGGUGAUGAAUGUGGAGGAAUACUGUGAUCUCACGAUGAAUUUCUGCCUCCAAGAUGGCAUUGCCAAGCAACUCCAGGCUUUUCAUGAGGGAUUCAGUCAGGUGUUUCCACUCAAUAAAUUGGCCGCUUUUACGCCAGAUGAGGCACGCAUUAUGAUCUGUGGCGAGCAGAAUCCCGAAUGGACCAGAGAUGAUCUCCUCAAUUAUACAGAACCAAAAUUGGGUUACAGCAAAGAUAGUCCUGGCUUCUUGCGUUUCGUGAAUGUGCUGAUGAGCCUCACGGGUCCGGAGAGAAAGGCCUUCCUUCAAUUUACAACUGGCUGCAGCAGUUUGCCUCCGGGUGGUCUGGCCAAUCUUCUGCCACGCCUCACGAUCGUCCGGAAGGUGGAUGCUGGCGAGGGAAGCUAUCCGUCUGUCAACACUUGCGUCCACUACCUCAAGCUACCUGAUUAUCCUACAGAAGAGAUCCUCAAGGAGAGACUCCUCACGGCGACCAAGGAGAAGGGAUUCCACCUCAACUAAAAUAAUAAUAAUAAAAAAGAAACAGUCUGCUUGUGUAAAUAGAAUUGAGCUGCGUUGGUGGUGAGUGCAAAAUCACAGUGCAAGAGAUGUUUUAACAAAUUCAUAUUAGAAUUUUCUGAUUUCUCUUUUUUAUUGAAAAUUAUUGAGAUUUUAAAGAGAAGGAAGAAGCGGAUGUUGAUGAAAUAAAUAUAGAAUCCAGAUAUUGAUGCAACAAAAAACACAUUACACUAAAGAAUUUUUUGGAUUAUUAGGACAAUAUUUAAUCACACAGCGCAGAAAUGAAUAAAAACGAGAGAAGAUAUUUUAGAUGAGGAAAUGAAUGUAGAAUGUAAUUUUAAUUUUUUCUUCGUCUCUGAUUAACUACAAAAAAAUGUAUAAUUAGUGUGAUAUUCAAAUAACAAAAAAAAGAUGUAUUGAGUGAGUGGAAGUAUAUUAUUAGAAAAUAAAGAAUUACAAUAAUUUUAAAAAAUCAAAAA